CCUUGUUGGCGCAGAGAGUCCCAUGUGUUGGCGAUGAGUUGGAUGCGGCCACGCUUGACCGCAUGCAGCAGCGGGAGGUUUAUCUGCGAGAGCAGAUGACAAAGCUGCUGCAGGAGGUAGAGGAGAACAGCAUGCAACGCUCGCGCUUCCCAGCACUGCCGCGCUUGCGCUUCCCUGCACUGCCGCGCUUGCACUUCCCUGCACUGCCGCGCUGGACAAUUUGGGCCUUGGGUGCACUGCUGCUUUUCCUGCUCUUCCGGCUCAUCCUCCAGUGGUACAGCGACAGAAAAGAGAGAAUUAUGCUCCAACGCGUAUGUGAAAUGUGGAGAAACAUUGACAGGGAGCACAGCGAGGUGGUGCACUAUGGAGACCCCAAUGAUGUUACAUACAGGAGCAGGUUUUACAUGCAGUUCUCCAUUUGGCCACUGAAGACCAGGCGAGACACGUGCAAGAUGCUGGAGGACCUGAUGGAUGAACUUGUGGGCACCUGUCAGACAGUUCCCCAAAGAUACUUCACACCACGGCUGCAGCCAGUCAUUGGGGUGGGCGUUGGCUUUGAAGGCAACAGUCCUGUCUACCGCAUGCUCGUGCCCCUGAAGGCACCCCCGGGACAUGUCUUCCACUUGGAGCUGGGCCCCGACGAGAGGAAAGUGGUGAGGAACUCCUGCCUCCGCGUAGAGCUGCAGUGCACGUGCACAAGGGAGUGGCUGCUGGAGGACAUGCUGUGCUUCCUCCACCACCCUGAGGAUGAGCUGAGGAGAAAGCAGAUGCCCAGCCUCCUGGAAACCCUCUGCACAGACUCCUACCUGGAUAUAGCCAAAACUGCAGCCUGGCUCCAGGAACUGGUGGAAGAAGCUUGGGCGGAUAUGCCUCAGGCGGCAACAAUGGACCUCGAGUUGCUGCCCUCUGUCCGCUUCUGCAAGUUCAAGCUGAUCACCGCCUCCAGCAAAGUCCUCUCGAUUGAGCUCAUGCUUGGGGUACAGCAAGAGGACGCGGACACGGACACGUUCGUGACCUUUGAGUAGGCAGAGGACGCCCUCACGAGGAGGUGAGGCACGAGGAGGCCACAGAGACGCACUGCAGCAGAGACGCACCUCCUCGCAAAACAGCCAGGCAAUGCCAGGCACAACAGCUUCCACCAUGAACGUCUGCAGCUCCGUGUCCCUCUUCUGGAAGGUGGCUACAAAAUGACUGACACCCUACUUGCCACCUGCCACAGAGCUGGGCAUGCUGGACAUGGAGAGGACCCUGCUCAACCAGCAGUUGGAAGUUCUCUCCAAAGAAAAACCACACCUGAGGGAGCCACAGCCUGUGCAGGUGAAGAGGCUGCUGCACGGAUGCUUGAAGCAGAGACUCCUGUUAACAGCUGGGCAGGGAUCAGCUCACCUCCCCGUGAGGGUCCAUUUGCUCUGCGAGCCUCGGCCCUAUAAAAACACCAGUAAACGGCUUGCUGGGAGAAACACUCUGAGUUCCCAAAAGACCUCCAGAUCAUCCAGUCCAACCGUCCGCCUAUCACCAAUAUUUCCCACUAUUCCCACAGAAACUCAGGUAAUACUCCCUGUCUUUCACUAAACCUCUGGCAAAGGACAUAACCACGUUGUGACACAAGCUCCCAGGUGAGCUCAACUCUUCACUGACUCUCCUUACCCAGCCCUGGUCUUGUUGAAGCCUCUCUGCAACUCAUUGUCCUGCAUGCCUGAUCCAAUUACACACUCCAAACGAUACAUUUUCAGCAUGCGCAGCAAUGCAGAUUUGCACUGAUAAAUCACAGCACCACAGAAGUCACCACGCAGAGAGGAUGCUUUAGACAGUGACGUUUUCCCACACUUUGAAGGAGGUAAAUCUGGCUGUGAAAGGAUACAUUUUUAACCUGUCUUUUCCUUGCAGGGAGCAGCAAAUGAGUCCCCGAUUGCUGAUGAAAAGAGGACUACAAUGAGGCUCUGCCUCCAUCUCAGCAGGAUCGUUACUCCUGAGUUGCCUUCCCAUUGAGAAGUGCAAUUACUGGACAGCUAAAAAAAAGACUGUUUGCAGAAUUUCAAACACUACCACUACGCACAGGUUUGUAUUAUUAGCAAUCUUAUCUUCUUGAUAUGCAGACUCCUAAAAAUUGCCAUCAUAUGUCUAUUUCUCAUAACGCCUAUUUCUCUUCUGAUAACAUGUCUCCUUCUCUUCUUCCCUUAUUCAGACUGCUGUACAGCGUAGGCACAAACCUCAUUUUCUUCACCUGCUGUGUAGAUCUUGCAGAAGCUCUCCACCAAACUCCUCCCUACAAGGGAGGCUUGUACACCAAAGGCUGAAAACAGUGUUCCAGCACACAACGACCAAACAAGUUUCCAUCCAUUUUUCUGAAACGCUACAUGAGAAAGAAGUCCACAGCCUCACCUCGCUGCCCGGGAGAGUGCUGUCCCGUGCUGAGACACAAGAAGAAGAAAUCAGAUCUCAGAAGACAUCUUUGCCACAUCACUGUUUUAGAAGGAUGCGUCUUCUUUGCCAUUGCCAAGAAGAUUGUACCAACAUCUGUUUUUACAGUUUGGACAGGUUGCUGCAUCCAGCUUUCCAUAAAUGCUGCUGUCUUUGCUCAGAUUGUGAGACCUCCUGAAGUCAGAUGUCUGUCUGUCUCAUUAAAUCCAGUG